CCCGUGCUCUGCUCGCUCCACAGCCCCCCGCCCGCGCAUACGCGAUCCCACGUCCGUGCGGUUGCACUACUACAUCCUUGCCUCCUCCUCCUCGUGCCCGUCCUCUCGUGUAGGCGCCGAUGGCCGUGCAGGCGCAGUACCUCGCCCACGCCUUCCCCCAUGACUCCCGCGUCAUCAGGCCAGCGCUGGACAACGCGACGAGCGCGUCGGUGUUCCUCCGCGAGUCAGCGGCGGGCGGCCACCUGCUGGCUGCCGCUGCGAAGGCGGUGGACGGCAACACGGUGUUCAGCGAUCCGCGCAGCGACCUCACCUGCAACAACAACAACCACGAUAGCGGUUGCUUAGUGCCAAGGAAACGCGCGCGGGUGGGUGACUCCAACAUGGUGGGCGCGGGCUUGAUCAUGGAAGGGCACCGCGCGCUGCUGCCGCCGAUGCCGGUGCCGCAGGCGUUCGCGCCUGCGGGGGACGUGCGGCGCAGGGUCCUCUGCUCUGGCGCCGCGUCCACCAGUGGACGCCCGGCCACCGCCGCGCCGGUCUCGCACGGCCUCGUCUCGCAUCUCUGCCGCCAUAGCGUCGAGAUUGACGCGCUCGUCCGCAUCGAGAACGACAGGCUGCGGGCUGGGCUGGCGGAGGCGCAACGCCGGCACAUCAGAGCAGUGGUGUCGGCGGUGGAGCGAGCGGCCGCGCGGCGUCUGCGCGACGCGGAGGCGGAGCUGGAGCGCGCCUUGUGGCGCAACGCGGAGCUCGACGAGAAGCUCCGCCAGAUGGGCGCCGAGGGGCAGGCGUGGCACGGAAUCGCCAAGAACCACGAGGCCGUCGCCGCCGGCCUUCGCGCCACGAUCGAUCAGCUCCUUCAGUCGCCAUGCGCCGGCGCCGGGGCGAUCCCCGACGGUGAGGGCGCCGCUGAGGACGCGCAGUCGUGCUGCUUCGAGCAGGACGGUACCGCCGACGGAGGCGAGGUGCCUGGUGGACGGGCCGGGACUAGGGCGUGCAAGGCGUGCGGCGAGGCGGAGGCGUGCGUGCUGCUGCUGCCGUGCCGGCACCUGUGCCUGUGCGGCGGGUGCGAGGCGGCCGUGGACGCGUGCCCCGUGUGCGCGGCCACCAAGAACGCCUCGCUCCAUGUCCUCCUCUCCUGACCCGACGUGUUGCAUCGCUUCACGAAUGCAUCAGCAAACGAGAAUUGGAGGGUAAGCUACUAUAGAGGAGAUUGGCAAAAGGCAAUGGCCGGUGCAAUCAGAUGGAGUGGCGCUUGGGAAUUGAUCCAGCAAAUGCCAUGACCGGUGAAAGCUUGGUUUGUUUGUCCCCCUUUGGGUUCUUGCCUUGUUGGCCAUCAGCACGAGAGGACGUCGACGGUACUGGUUCUACCGGAAAAGACCCGUGGAAAGUAAAAGCAACGUGCGUCGUCCCCCUAGGGGCGACUCGGGGCGCUUGUCUCCGCCACCUAGCGCGUCCCGCUCGGCUGCCGCCGCCAAUGGUGUCCUAUUCGAUGGCGGUGGUCACCCCCUCCUUUCUCCCUUCCUCUUCUUUUUUUUCUGUCUCCUCUUCUUUUUUUCUAACCAGUUCUCUCCGUCGUUUGCGUCAAGCCGAGCCUGUGGCGCUCACGUGGGAUCUCCCUAGCCAGGCUGAUUCGGGUCUCCUGUUGGCCGAAUCUGUCCCCUGGUGACCUGCACACUGUCAAUCCGCUCCUCUCGUGGUCUGGCCAGUGGGUGGUCAUUGUGGGUUGGCGCCUGGCCUCCCUGUGUCAUGCUCCGUGGCGCUAGAUUUUGCACUGCUGUCGUCGUGGCUGCCUAUCGUCAUUGUGGCUGGGUCUUGGGCGAUUGUGAUGGCAGCACACGUGCUAGUGGUCGUGCGUGGCCGAUGUGACAGGGGUUUGGGUGGGCUACCUCCUGGCCGCUCCCCCUCCCCUGUGGUCUCGACGGUCCUGCGCGCGUGUUGGUGGUCGUGCGCGGCUCGCUUGGUAGGGGCUUGGGCGGUUCUGCCUCCUGGCUGCCCUCCUCUCGUGGUUUCUGCCUCUUGGUUCAUCGGCAGGCAUCUUCCCGCUCUGGCGUUGUUGUGGGCGCCUAGCGUUGCGAGCUUCACGUUGGCUUCACAGGCUUGGCGGUUGUGGCGCACUGGUGGUCGUGCGUGGCCGGUGUGCUGGAGGCUUGGCGAGCUAUUUCUUGAGGUUGAGCUGGUGGUUAUCGUCGCCUGUGGCGACGGCAAUGGUGGACUCCCGUGUGCUGUGUACCAUGUGUUGCCAUGGUGCUGAUGUGUUUCUGCUGUUGUGUUGUGCUCACCGCCGUGGCUGUCGUGGGUGGGCGUCCGGUGUCAGCGGCACUGUGUCGUUUCUUAGCUCUUGGUAUUUUGCUUUGCUCCUCCCCUUGCCUGGCGUCCUUCUCUUCUGCAGGUUGGGUUUGUAGGGAGCUUUGUGACGCUAGGAUGGCCGUGGGUCGACGUGGUUUCGUGGAGGUGGCGUUCGGUGGUGCAGGCUUUAUGCCGUUCCCGGCUCCUAGCUUUGUGUUGCUCCUCCCCUUGCCUAACCUCCUUAUCUUUUACAAGUUGUGUUCGUGGGAAGCUUCGUGACACUUAGCUAUCCGUGGGACGGUGUGGUUGUGUUGAGGUGGUGUGGCUGCUUUGGUCUUUGCCUUUGUGCGGGUUGCCCGUGCUCAAGGGGCAGGUUGUGGGAGCCGCUGGUGAAAGCUUUAUCUGGUUUCUGGUCGGCAUCGAUGAUAACGACGCCCUUGGGUGUCGUUCUCCUCCUUGGAGGCGUUGUCAUAGCAUCUUUCCACUUUUCUCCCUUAGAGUUUUUGGGUGAAAACCUGGUUCGGGUAUUCGGACGAGCGACAGUGACAUCUCGACGUCAUAUCCUCCUUGAAGGCGUCGCUCUAGAGAUCCAUUUCUCAUGUUGCGGUGAUCGUCAGCUUGGUGGCGGCUUGGUUAGGUUCGGUUUGAACCGCUGGUUUCUUCUGUAGGUUUACUCUUACACCCUCGAUUCGUGGCGACAUCUGGUUUGGCACUUCUCGAUAGCAGUUUGUUCUGAUGCGCACUCCUCCAAAGCGACGCACUGCUGGCUCAUGUAUCAGAGUGGUGACGUGGGAGCGGGGCUCUGCCAACCGAGUUGUGUUGUGGCGGUGUGGGAGUAGGGUUCCAUCGGCCAAGUUGCGGUGGUGUGGAAGUAGAGCUCCAUCGAUCGAGUUAUGAGAGUGGUUGGGUUAGUUAGCGCGUGAGUUGAGUUGGGUUAACUUAACUGUUAUCUGGUUAUAUUUUUGGUUUAGGCGUUGUUUUUGUCUUGAUGUUGUGGGGUCAUCUACCGAUUUUUUUAAAACCGUGCAGCUAUAA